CUUUCCACAGAACACUCGCGACCGUCGCCCGGCCAACACGCGCUAUCGAUCAACUGACAAUAUCUCUGAAAUAACUCAUCGAUUAAUUUGAAUUUCGAAUUUAAAUAUAACGAAUAAUUCAAUUCGAAGUGUGUCGAAUUUCGAAUUUCCAAUUCGACAGUUUGGUGCGUUCCAUUUUGGAAUAUUUAAAUUGGGAAAACAGCGUAUUCCAGUUUAGAAUUUUCAAAUUUCAAAUUGGAUACGUUGUGCGAUCCAUUUUGGAAUUUUCAAAUUAAGGACAUAUUAUAGUGCGUUCCAUUUUCGAAUUUGGAAUUUAGUGUGGUGAAGAUAGAAUUUUUCGAACAAACUGCAAUGACCCCAGUGGGACUUCUGUUUAAAGUGAACAGUGAGGGCCUUUUCACGAGUCCAGUGAAUGCGUCCCCAGUAGACUACGCAAAGAUAUAUCCUGAUCCAGAAUCGGAGAAGGCUAUAAUGGGUUCGGUGGUGUACUGCAUCCACCACAAGGAGGGAUGCCAGUGGUCCGAUGAACUCAGAAAAUUGAAGGCGCACCUUAACACGUGCAAGCAUGACGCAGUGCUGUGUGCGGCGCAGUGUGGAGCCAUGAUACCUCGCGUGCUGAUGCAGGACCACCUGCGGUACACCUGCCCGCGGCGCAGGGCCAACUGCGAGCAUUGUGGAAAGGAGUUCUCCGGGAGUGCUUUGGAGGAGCACAGCGGCAACUGUGGCCACGAGCCGGUGUACUGCGAGAACAAGUGCGGCGCGAAAGUGCAGCGGCGGCACACGCAGCAGCACGUGCAACAGCACUGCAGCAAGCGGCUCGUGCCCUGCCGGCACUGCGGCCAACGCUACACGCAGGACACGGUGAGCGCGCACGGCGCGACUUGCGCGCGCGCGCCGGUGCCGUGCCCGCAGCGCUGCGCCGCGGCGCCCGCGCGCGACGAGCUCGACGCGCACCUGCGGGAGCACUGCGCCGCCGCCGCGCUGCCCUGCGCCUACAGGGACGCGGGCUGCCGGUUUAAGGGCACGCGCCAAGCCCUCGACCGUCACACAGAAGAGAGCUGUCAAGCGCACCUCGCGCUCGUAUGCGGAGUGGCCACGCGCCAGGCGCGGCAGCUAGAAGCACUGCGUUCUGCUCUGGCAAGACUCGCUCUCAACCAAUCUGGAGCCCUUGUGUGGAGGGUCACGGACUUUGCCGCCAAAAUGGCAGAGGCCAAGUGCAAGGAAGGCGUAGAAUUAAUUUCCCCUGCGUUUUACACGAGCCAGUAUGGAUAUAAAUUGCAGGCGUCGCUAUUUUUAAACGGCAACGGUGCCGGCGAAUCUACGCAUAUGUCGGUUUACAUCAAAAUCUUGCCCGGCGAAUACGACGCUUUGCUUCGUUGGCCGUUCGCUCACACCGUCUCUUUCACACUAUUCGACCAAAGCUCCACGCCAGACAGAGCAUGCAAUAUCGUCGAGAGCUUCGUCCCAGACCCCACGUGGAAGAACUUCCAACGACCCUCCAAGGAACCUGAUGCGUUAGGUUUCGGCUUCCCCAGGUUCGUCUCGCACGAAAUGCUCAAAAAAAGGAAUUUCGUCAAAGAUGACGUCCUCUUCCUCAGGGUCAAAGUCGACCCGAGCAAAAUAGUCGCCGUGUAAACCAAAAUAGUCACUGUUAUUUAGUAUUAGAUAAUUUAAAAGUCAUAGAUGUAAUGUGUACAUAGCUAGAUAUAGAUCCGUUCGGAUAGUUGUACUGGCAAGUUAUUGAGCUUGUUUAAAAUUUCUAUUCCCGAUUUCCUUUGACUAAUUGGUAGCUGUAAAUACUUAGUUAAGAGCGCGUUCGCUGCAUUGUUAUCCUUUCACUGAAGAUCUCUUGAAUUUCAUUGCCGACGGAAGAACGUAACAAACUGAGCUUGUUUCAAAGUAAAUCGGCUUAAAAUAUUUCUACACCAAUAUCUUGUGCCAUAUAUUUUUAUAAUACACACAUUUUUAUAGUAUCCUGCAAAAAUCGUGUGUAAUGUGUUGCAACCGUUUGUUCGUAAGACAUUUUUGGUCGCCUUGUACAGAUUAAAAAAGGCGUUUUGAAAAAUGUAUGAACUAGAAUUAUUUAAACAUAUAUUAAUAUUACCUUUGAGACACGUUUAGGUUUGUUAUUCGGCAGAUCUUUGUAUAUAUAAUUCUUAUUUGCAUAAUUUAUCAAAAUAUAUAUUUAUUGUAUAUACAGAUUGACAUCUUCGAAUUGUAUUGUAAAUAUAAAGAAAUAAAAUAAAAUCUCGUAUUUGUGUGUUUAACAAGCUGGAGCUAGACCAAAGUGUUUUGAUAACUUUGCGUGAGAAAAAAGAUGUUGUACAUUAAGUAGAGCAAAGUUAUUCAACGCAAAUAAAAGACGGCCAAGUCGUUAACUUUUAUUUUAUUUGUAAGCGUUUGUGUCAAAUAUAAUCUCGUUUAUUUUCUAAGUGUCGCAAAAUCAUUUUCUAAAUUAUACUUUGGAUCUCUAGAGAACGCUUGCUUGAUUGAAAAUUAAUCUCAACCGUAAUGUUACAUUCCAGAGCAUUAUUGUAAGAACGAUAUUAUAAUAUGUCGUGACAACAUAAUAUUUUGUAUUCCUCUAUAGUCUAAGUAUUAAAGACGUAUUUCUUACGAAGCGUGUAAGCAAGCUUGAAGUCAUGCUGUCCUACUCUAACUCAAUGAAACCAGUAAUCGUGAAAAGGACAGCAUAAUUUCCGGCGGUGCGAUUUACAUUUUUGUUUUUACGAGUGUUUUUUCAUUCAGAUCAAUGCCAAUGUCUUACGAUAAGUUUAGGUUUCAAUCUAGAGAUUUAGAUCUUUUAGAUAACCUAGCUUAGAUUUUAAGUACCUUAUGAAUAAUGACAAUGAGACUAACAAAUUUAGUUUUUAAUUAGCUAUAAGUUGCGUUUACGCAUUCAUAAUGUAUGUACAUGAUAGUUUAUAAGGUGAAAAAUAUAUUUUUUCCUUAAAA